CUUCAUCGAACCUUGCCCGGCUCUUCGCAGACAUGAAUGCCAGCGCUCACGCAUCUCCUUUGAUAACUCUCGAAAAUAUUGCCUCUAAUCUUCAAUGCAGCAUACUCGAUGAGAGGCUGGCUUUUCAUCUAGAUGACCAAGAUGAAUUAAAGCAUCUUAGACGAUGUUUUCACAUUCCAAAGACGAUGGAUUUGCCAAAAACUGACAGCUCCCUUGUAACAGAAGACGCGGAUGGGAUAUACUUUUGCGGGAAUUCACUUGGACUCCCACCGAAGAAAGUUAAAACCUACAUAGACGAAGAACUGGACAAGUGGGCAAAAACAGGCGUCCACGGCCAUUUCAUUGGUAAACGUCCAUGGGCUUUGGGCGAUGAAUGUAUUGUGGAUCUGAUGACCAAACUUGUUGGUGCGGAAAGGGAAGAGGUGGCGUUAAUGAAUGGACUGACUGUUAAUUUGCACCUUCAACUGUUAUCUUUUUAUAAGCCUACAAAAGAUCGCCAUAAAAUCCUUCUGGAGGCAAAAGCUUUUCCGUCUGACCAUUACGCUGUUGAAUCACAGAUCCAAUUUCAUGGUCUUGACGUGGAGAAGAGCAUGCUGCUAGUUCACCCACGGGAGGGAGAAGAAACAUUAAGGACGGAGGACAUCCUUUCAGUUAUUGAAAAAGAAGGUGACUCUAUCGCCGUUAUUUUAUUCAGCGGAGUGCAGUAUUACACCGGACAGCUAUUCGAUAUUCCGAAAAUAGCCGAGGCCGGACAGAAAAAGGGAUGCUUUGUUGGCUUUGAUUUGGCACAUGCGGUUGGAAACGUUGAAUUACAGUUACAUGACUGGGGAGUAGACUUUGCCUGCUGGUGCUCUUAUAAGUACUUAAACUCUGGAUCAGGGGGUAUAGCUGGAGCCUUCAUCCACAAUAAGCACAUAUCUACCAUCAAACCAUCAUUGAUUGGCUGGUGGGGUCAUGAGUUUAAAACAAGAUUCUGCAUGGAGAACAAAUUGAAAUUAAGCCCAGGAAUAGAUGGCUUUCGACUCUCAAAUCCUCCUAUUCUUUUAGUCUGUUCUCUACACGCCAGCUUAGAGGUCUUCAAUCAAACCACCAUGAAGGACCUAAGAAGAAAGUCCAUUCUACUCACCGGAUACUUGGAAUAUUUAAUUAAACAUUAUUUCAGUGACCACGUCAACGAAAGCAAGAAACCAUAUAUCAAAAUUAUGACCCCUUCCAAUUUUGAAGAGCGAGGCUGUCAGCUGUCUCUGACCUUCAAACUGCCUGCAAAAGACGUUCUUGAAGAACUUGAAAAGAGAGGGGUUGCUUGUGACUUACGAGAACCCAACGGCAUACGAAUUGCGCCCGUACCUCUCUACAACACAUUUCAUGAUGUCUACAGAUUUAUUCACGUUCUACGAGACGCCAUUGCAGCUGUCGAAGAGGCGCCCAAACAGUAGUGACAAGGGAAUUCUACAGCCAACAUCUCACAAAACAACUAAAAAAUAUUCAACAUAACUAAAUUCUUAUAUUCGCAAAAUGUGUUUUUACUCUAAUGAGCUACGAGCAAACAAAUUUUCGAACUUUUCACCUCAUAGUAAAUCUC